AUGUCCCCGCCAUCAUUAGAGGAGGUCCAUCUUGCUGUCCGCUCCCUUCUUAGGGAUGGUGCUCGUGGCCCUGAUGGAUUUUUAGGGGCGUUCUUCAUUGGUAGCUGGCAUAUAGUGGGCCAAGAUAUUCUCAAAGUGAUGACUUUCCUUUUUAGUGGUGAAGAUCUCCCUCGAGCCUUCUCUGUAUCUCAUAUUUGUCUCAUCCCUAAAAUCCCAACCCCGAAGAAAUUUGCGGACUUUAGAUCAAUCAGCCUGUGCAAUUGUAUUUAUAAAAUCUUCUCCAAGAUGAUAACGUCUAAGCUCAGCAAAGUGUUACCUAAGCUCAUCUCUCGCAAGCAAGGGCCAUUUGUACAAGGUCAUUCUAUCGCAAAGAAUUUCGUUAUUGCCCAAGAGAUGAUAAGGGACCUAAAUAGGAAGAUCAGAGGAGGGAAUAUUGUGUUGAAGCUUGAUAUGGAAAAGGCCUUUCUCAUAAAUGGGGCAGCUUCCAGUUUCUUCAAAUCCGAGAGAGGGCUUCAACAAGGUGACCCUAUAUCCCCCAGCCUAUUCAUUAUUGUUAUAAAGGUUUUCAGUAAAGGGUUUGCACAAUGGGUCUCUAGCGGUUCCUGCCUUCCUUACAAGCUCAGUAGGGGCUGCCCACUUAUCUCCCACCUCCUCUACGUAGAUGAUACCCUUAUAUUUCUCAAUGGGGGGCUAGUCUCUCUUCACGAAGUGAAAAGAUUUCUCUGUUCUUCUCAAGUUGUCUCGGGCCGAAAGAUCAACCUUUCAAAGAGCUCCUUCCUUUACUCCAGCAAAUUAUCAUCUGCUAGAAUCAGAAAUAUCGAGAGUCCCCUUCAGGUUCGUAAAGCAGGGCUAUGCUCCAUCUACUUGGGAGUCUUGCUGAUCCAUGGCAGAGUCAGGAGAUCUAAUUUGCUCUCCCUAGUUCACCGAGUGGAGAAUAGGAAUGGUGGGUGGAAAGCUAGGUGUCUCUCACAGGUUGGAAGGGUAGUCUUCAUCCAGCAUGUUCUUGGGAGCUGUGCUCACCAUGGCAGCUACUCAAAUUACAUUGUCGAUCCCAUCCGAGCUGGAGAGGCGAUUCGCCAACUUUUUCUAGGGCUGGGCAGAGGGCAAGAAAAAGCUCUAUUGGUCAAGCUGGAAGGCCAUUUCCAGGCCUAA